CGGAAAAAGCUGGCCUGUUUGCUGGCGGUUGGCAGAAUACGUUGGCUCCAUGUCUUAUAAGUUAUAUAGAACGCAAAUAAGCUCAUCUUUUGACAUAGACUUGUUGACGAGAAAUUCUUAAAAACAAAUAUUGCUGCUGUCAAGCCCACCCGUUUUGAAGUAAAUGGUUGUUUAAUGCAAUUAUUUGAAGUAUCAUGAGUUUCAGAGAGAGAUUAGCAAGUUUUAGAGAAAAUGCCUCUACACGAGUGCUUGUGAUAUAUACUGGUGGGACUAUUGGUAUGAAGAAAGAUCCUGACGAAGGGUACAUUGUCCAGCCAAACUAUUUUGCCUCAUCUCUAAAAGAGUUGCCAAUGUUUUAUGAUAAAGAGUUUGCUGCUCAUUCUUCGCAAAGAACCUAUUCAGAUGAAGCAAGUGUUUAUAAUGAAUUUCCAGAACUUGUCAUGCCCUUGUCAGAUCAAGGAAAGCGGAUUUUUUAUUACAUCAAGGAGCAAGAAACAAUAAUCGAUUCUGCCAAUAUGUCUAUGCAUGAUUGGCUAGUAAUAGCAAAAGAUAUUGCUAAAUAUUACAAAUACUUUGAUGCCUUUAUUGUUUUGCAUGGAACUGAUACCCUGGCCUACACAGCAUCUGCUCUGGCUUUCAUGCUGGAAAAUCUUGGGAAGACCGUGAUCUUGACAGGUGCUCAGAUCCCGAUAUUCGAGCAACGUAAUGAUGCCAGAAGUAAUUUCAUUGGUUCCCUUGUGAUAGCCGGACACUACAUUAUACCAGAGGUUGCGAUUUACUUCUCAAAUAAGCUCCACCGUGGUUGUCGGAGUGUAAAGGCCAGUACAUCAGACCUGGAUGCAUUUUCCACGCCAAAUCUGCCGCCUCUCCUGUCCGUUGGUGUCAAUAUUGAAGUGAGGUGGGACAACAUUUUUCGAUACAAAAAUACUGGUGCUUUUGCAGUAUGCAAGAAUAUGGACGAGAAUGUUGGCGUACUUCGAUUAUUUCCGAGUAUAAGAGCUGAAAUUGUAAGAAGCUUUCUGCAACCGCCCAUGAAAGGAGUCGUUUUGGAGACAUUUGGUGCCGGCAAUGCGCCUUCGAAUAGACCUGAUUUGGUGGCAGAAUUCAAAAGAGCAUGCGAGAAGGGUGUCAUUCUUCUUAACAUCACUCAAUGCUUGAAAGGAUCAGUCAGCGAUGCCUAUGCUGCUGGAAGGGCCUUCUCCGAGCUUGGCGUACUUCCAGGUUAUGACAUGACCACAGAAGCUGCUCUUGCCAAGAUCUCCUAUGUUCUUGGAAAAGACGAUCUAACACUUGAUCAGAAAAAGGAGCUGCUAAUGACUAAUCUACGCGGAGAAAUGACGAUUGACCAUGAACAGCAAUUCCGUUUGAAGGAGGGAAAGUUCGUUCGAACCGUCGCAAAAACACUCAAAGUUGGAUCUGAAAAAGAAAUGGAGAAUCUGAGGCGCUCCCUUCUUCCAAUGUUUCUGUGUUGCGCAGCAAAAUCGGGCGACACAAUUGCGCUUGACGAACUGCUAUCACAGGGUGCCGAUGUGAACAAACCUUCAGACUAUGAUGGGAAAAGCUGUUUGCAUAUCGCCUGCGCAGAGGGCAACCUGGAAAUGGUGAAGCAUUUGUUAAAGAUUGGAGCGUCAGUGUACGUUAGGGACAGACGGGGGAGAGUACCUCUCUUUGAUGCUAUAAGGAAUAAGAAUGAGAAUGUGAUAGACAUAAUGAUCAAGGAGGGGGCACACUUUCUUCCCGAUGACUUUGAAGUACUACGUGAGCUGUGCAUUGCUGCAAGUAACAAUGAUAUUCAAAGCCUGGGACUGUGGAAAAAAGCCAAGGUGGACUUGAAUAUGAGUGACGUAGACGGAAGAACGCCGCUUCACUUUGCUGUUAUUCGUGGACACCUCGACGCUGUCCGUUAUUUGGUAAAAAUAGCAGGUGUUAAUGCAGAGAGACAAGAUAUAUUUGGAAACACACCUUUGUCGAAUGCCAGAAAGCUUCGUCUUCAGGAUAUGAUUGACGUAAUAGUCGAAGCACAGGGAGUCGCUGCGCGGGAUUUUCUUGAAAUGCGUCCAGUAGAUGGGCAAAUCGAAACAGUGGAAAUGCAGCCAUGAAAGGUUUGUCAAAUAUGAUUAUUUUGCGAUUCAAGUUGAUUCUCGCCAGUAUUUUUUAGGUCUUCUUACAAGGCAGCUAUAGACUUUUAGAACUUACUAGAAAGUAUUUUUCAGAUUUUUGACAUCUCCCUUGCAUCAGUUCUUUCUUGCAACUAAUCGCCUUCAAGCCAAAAAUUAAAUAGCAGUUAAAGGUUUGGAUUUUUGUAGCCAUUUUUAUAUUAAAAGCAAAGCGAACAAGCUUGGUAAUAAUCUAUUAAGAGAACUGAAAUAAUCUGAAACAGCUCAUAAGAUAUCAAAAAUUUCUGGCGGAGUUGUUUUUCAUUGAAUCGUUGAAUCAAAAUAAAAGAACUGGCGCUAUCUAUCGAAGUUUUACUGAUUUCCUUUGACCAGUAAAAUGUUAAUAGCUUUACUAGUAGCAACGACUAGAUGAUAUACUGAGUAAAUGGGUAUACUACAGACCAACGGGGCGAGGGAGUGGUGAUCGUCCUUCUACAUAAUUGGUACAAAAGGGGCAAGGUGUGCCCUCUGUCAUCAGAAUUGAAGAUAUGAAAACCAAGAAGGAUGGCAUCAAUAAAAACAGCUGCCUGUUUUCUUCUAAAUGGAAUAUUCACCCUAUAUUUUUGUUUUUAGAUUUUAAUUAUGAUUGACACUAUCACCCUUCCUCCAAUUUUACUUUCUGCUAAACCACCCCCGACCAAUCUCCGUAAUUUUCUUCAUCAAUCAAUUCAAAUCCAUUAUAGGGUAAAGCAAAUGAAAAUAAUAGAAUUCUAAAUUUGCUACUAAUUUUUCAUGAUCUCCUUUUUGUUUGUUUUUGAAUACCCUGUAUCAGUUCAAAAAAUUGAAUACCCCACCUGUACUGCGUUUGUAGAAAACAGUAUCCCGUUUAUACCAAACUCCAAAAAGAGUUGCCCUGAUGAGCCUCAAGUCAACUUUGUCGGAAUUUAUUUUAAACUUUUUUAUCUCAAGCGAGACCAAAUUUAAAAACUAUUGUUAUGCAUGUUAAAUUGUUGCGUCAAUAUUGUUUUCUGAUAUUAUUGUAGAACAUCGCCUGUCAAAGUUCAUUCAUUCGGAGUAUUUUCUUAUCCAAGUAAAAUGUACUUAUGCAAGAAAUAAGUCCACCCACGAAUGCUUAAUCAUUUCGCUGUUGUAAAUAGUUGCAACCGAGCAAAUGUGGUUAACAUGAUUACGAUUAGGUCAAAAUGAAUUAAUAAAAUGAAUUAGUUCCAGUAUCAUACACCAGCAGUGAUCCACAGCAGAUCUAUGAAGAUUCUAUAUUUAGAUUUCGAUAUCGUAAAUAAUCUGACAAUUAUCAUUUAGAUUUCCAUUCAUUUGUGAUUCUUUUUAAUUGGAUAUCAUUAAUAUUUAACUCCAUUGGUCAUUUUAAUCCACUUUGAUAGGAACAUAAUCUUAGCUGAAUUUUCCAUUAUUGUGCAUGGAUUAAACUGUUUAUUGUAAAAUAUACAAUGAAGGGAAACAUCAGAUUUCGAUCUAAUUGAAAAUGAAAGAGGAAGUUAAAUUGGCAAUUCGUUAAAGUCAUUGAUGUAUCAGAUCAGGCUGUAAAAUGUGCAGUUGUUUAUUCAAAGUGCUUGAAAUUUCCAAAAUAUGUUCAACGAGAGUCAAUAACUCAGAAAAACAUAAUUGGUAAUUUCAUCAAUUUUUGCAACAAACCAUUUAGUUUGCAAAUUUCAAGCUUUUUCAAAUGAGGUAACAUUUUGCAAGAUACUAAACCACAUUUUUAUCUUGCUUUGGUUCCCUUCUUCUUUUAACAUGUCUCCUUUUCCUUCGUGUAAUGCAAGAGUCAGUAUGAGCUCCGGUCCACCCAAAUUAGGUUUUUUCUAACACGGACAGACUACAAAAUGCCAAUACGUAAAGGCGAUCUUACAUUCCCAUAAUUCUCACAUUUCCCCAUUGUGUAAUCUUGAUUUCUCUUUUUUGAGCAAUUGCCAUCAUUUCCUAUCUUAAGUUAUUUUCGAUCCAUACCUUGAAAUUAUUUUACGUUUAAUUUUAUUCGUUAUUUGACCAUUAAUGUCUUUGCUAUACGAAACGUCAAUUUUUAUUAGUUCAUAUUUAUAAGUUACUCAUCAAUAAGUAUGAUUUGCUAUCAAUAAUAAACACGAAGAUGUAUUCUGGUUAGAUUACGCCUAGUGAAAUGUGAAAUAGUAUAUUUAUCAACCAACGAUUGUCAUAGUAUUUAAUAGUUAUAGUAAGUUAUGGGCAUGUCGUGUAUUUUUCGUCGAUUGUUUUGUAGUUUUCUGCCGUGCGUGAAGUGCAUGUUUUUAGAUUAUUAACGAUGGGUCUUAUA